AUGCCCCUGGGGCCCCCCCCGCCACGCCCGCCCAGGGGUGGGGGCAGAGGUCAACCCCCUCCUCCUGCCGGCCCUCCUGCCAUCUCGCUUGCUCCUCCGCACGCAGCGUGGGGGCGAAGAUCUCCUGGAGCCGUCUCCACCCCCAUCCACCAGCACUCGCAGGGGUGGGUGCGGAGAUCACUUCCCAGAGCUGUGUCUCUGCGCAUUCACAGAGGUGGCGGCAGAAAUCUAACUGGUUAUUCGCAGGAGUGGAGCCGAGGGAUUAUAGCAUUUGAUGAGCUGAAGACUGACUACAAGAAUCCCAUAGACCAGUGUAAUACACUCAAUCCUCUUGUACUUCCAGAGUACCUCAUCCAUGCAUUCUUCUGUGUUAUGUUUCUCUGUGCAGCAGAGUGGCUUACGCUGGGUCUCAAUAUGCCUUUGUUGGCUUACCAUAUUUGGAGGUAUAUGAGCAGACCUGUAAUGAGUGGACCAGGUCUUUAUGAUCCUACAACCAUCAUGAAUGCAGACAUUUUAGCAUACUGUCAGAAGGAAGGAUGGUGCAAACUAGCAUUUUAUCUCCUAUCAUUUUUUUACUACUUAUAUGGCAUGAUUUAUGUUUUGGUGAGCUCUUAAGAAGACACUCUGCAAACUUGGUUCCAGUUAAGUGCAUGCAAAAGCCACAAAACAAAAGGAUUCUUUCCAACGAGAAUCUGUUACCAAGAUUAAACUAUGGAAUCUGAUGAUCAUAUUUGCAUUAGGGAAAAAUGACUCUCCUAUUUUUAAAAUGUUUCCACGCUUUAUACUUGUGGAAAGACUGUUUUCGUAUACUUUAUUGGGACGUUGAAAAUAAAAAGAAUUAAGUGUAAAUUGCUAUUAAAUGAUUAUCUCUGAUUUUGAACAGUUUUGACUUUGCACUCCAUAAAGAAUGGCCAUAACUCUUCAAGUAGUUAUUAAUUAUUGACUGUCCUUAGUAUACUAGAAUUUUUUGUUUACAGAACUUUAUAGUGGCUCACUUUGAACUUUUGAAACUCUAUUUAAUCAGCUGUAGAUUCUGAAGGACUGAAAGCUUUAUGUAUUUUCUCUGCAGAUACUUUCUCAGAUACAUAUGCAGAAAGAGUAGUUCUGUUUUUUUUUUUACUAUUUGGGUAUCUUUCCCUGUGUAUGCAUGGUUCUAAAACUUCCCAUAUUUUCACCAAACACUAAAUGUUCCUGCUUUAAUUUUCAAAUAUAAGUUAUUGUGAUAAAUGGAAAUGUCUGUGAAAGAAUGAAUUUAAAAGAUCUUAUUUUUAAAUAUUUGUGCAACAGUCUUACUAGCCAGGUAAUAAUGAAAGAUCAAAUCUAUUGGCAAAAACGCUACUCCUCUGGGUUUUACAAGUCGCACUAAAGACGUUUCCAAGACACAGUGAAAUUGAGAAUCUGCCCUGCUGUUCCGUAGUGGAAUAAAUAAAAAAAUCUCAAAUUCAGAAAUGUUCACUUUUUUCAGUGCCUUGUUUUUAAAAAAGUGACAGUUUACUUGCUCUAUUUAGCUACUUAUUUCAUAAGACAGAAGGACUAUUAAAAUUCAUAUUGAGAUGAGCUAUAUCUGGAAAAGAUACUUAGAAUUGUUAGGCACUGAUUUCUAAUCUUGUUUCCUGCACUUUGUUUGUCUGCAUGUUAAAUAAUUUUUAGAGGGGUGGAAGGAAAAUAUAAAUAGAUGUGCAUUGUCAGAACUGCAUUGUAAUUCCUCUUGCUAUGACAUAUUCAUAUUGGUUAGUUUAACUUCAGAAGUCUAAAAAUCUCUCACAAACUAGUUUAAAUAAUGGUGUGAAGGAAGGAGGAAAAUGUGUGUGUUGGUAAAGCUAUUGUCCCUGGUUGUAGUAAAAUGUGUAUAGAUUGGUAUUCUGAUAUGCACUAAAGUUUUAGAUUUAAUGUGUCCACUUCAUGAUGCAGAUUGGCUUUCAGUUCUGGAAUAAAGGAAUCUGAGCACCCUUA